AUGGGAGGACUAGACAGGCUACGAGAUUUUAGUUUACUGAGAUGGUUAAGAGAAGAAAGACAAUCCAGGAAGUUGAUUCUGCUGAUCGUUUUCAUCGCUUUGCUGUUGGAUAACAUGCUGCUCACCGUAGUCGUGCCCAUCAUUCCAAGUUACCUAUACACGGCCGACAACCAGGAGGCCACGGCUCCGAACUACACCGUCUCUCCGCAGACGCCGUCCGGAACGUUCCAGACCAUCGUGUCGCUCUACGACAACUCCACGAGGGUGACCUCCGGCGGCGCCGCCGCGUUCACCACGGCGAUGCCGCCGUUGCCCACCUCUCCCGCCGCGCCCACGAACGGCACCGCGCACGACUCGGACUGCCACGAAGGGGACAAAAAACUCCUGAACGAAAAUGUGAAAGUGGGGCUGCUGUUCGCGUCCAAAGCCACCGUGCAGCUGAUAACGAACCCCUUCAUCGGGCCCCUUACCAACAGAAUAGGAUACCAGAUUCCAAUGUUUGCUGGCUUCUGCAUCAUGUUUCUUUCCACCCUGAUGUUCGCUUUCUCAAAGAGCUACAGCCUGCUGUUUCUGGCUCGAUCUCUUCAGGGCGUUGGGUCCUCCUGUUCCUCUGUUGCUGGGAUGGGAAUGCUGGCCAGUGUCUACACGGAUGACGAGGAGAGAGGGAACGCCAUUGGGAUAGCACUGGGAGGAAUGGCAAUGGGGGUGCUGGUCGGACCCCCUUUCGGAAGUGUGAUGUAUGAGUUUGUGGGGAAGACGGCUCCGUUCCUCAUCUUAGCGGUGCUGGCUCUGUUAGAUGGAGCCCUCCAGCUGUUUAUUCUCCAGCCCUCAAAAGUGGAACCGGAGAGUCAGAAAGGGACCUCGCUGUUGACACUCAUGAAAGAUCCUUAUAUACUCAUCGCUGCAGGGUCCAUUUGCUUUGCAAACAUGGCAAUAGCCAUGCUGGAGCCCGCCUUGCCAAUCUGGAUGAUGGAGACUAUGUGCUCAAGAAAAUGGCAGCUAGGCGUCGCCUUUGUGCCCGCCAGCGUCUCCUACCUUAUUGGAACCAACAUCUUCGGCGUUCUCGCACACAAGAUGGGAAGAUGGCUGUGCUCCCUGAUCGGCAUGCUUCUCGUGGGGAUAAGCAUUCUCUGCGUUCCCUUUGCAAAAGACAUCUACGGACUGAUCGUACCGAAUUUUGGUGUUGGAUUUGCCAUCGGCAUGGUGGAUUCGUCUAUGAUGCCGAUAAUGGGCUACCUGGUGGAUCUGCGACACGUGUCCGUCUACGGAAGCGUGUACGCCAUUGCAGACGUGGCUUUCUGUAUGGGCUUCGCUUUGGGGCCGUCGGCGGGCGGGGCCAUCGCCAGGAGCAUCGGCUUCCCCUGGCUCAUGACCAUAAUCGGGGUGGUGGACAUCCUCUUCGCCCCUCUCUGCUUCUUCCUCCGGAGUCCACCGGGCAAGGAGGAGAAAAUGGCUAUUCUUAUGGACUGCAACUGUCCAGUGAAGACCCGGGCGUACAACACACAGGACACUCAGAACUACCAGAUGGAUGAUGGGAUGGAGACUGAAAGCGAGGAGUAGCCACGGGUCAUGUACGUCACCUUCCAGAGUAUCUAUUUUCUUGUAAAAAAAAAAAAAAGGGAGAAAAGUUUAAAAAUUGACUCAUUUCGGUGUGAAUGUUCUGCAUCAUUUCCACCCCCCCCCCCUGUGUGUUGUGUCACUGUGUCGUACUACCGAAGUAAACCAAAGUUGUUCACGUUGCCCAUUCAACACAAGCCGCUAGCCUUACCCCC